GGUGUCUUAAGUAUUUCAAACACAAAAACUGAAUCGGAAGGUGAAACUAUUAGUCAGAAGUUUUUGACUCGCUGCAAAAGUUGGUUAUUUAGAGUUCCAGAAAAAAAAGAUAAGCGAGACACGUAGGACCUUCAGUGCAUACAUUGCUGCUCGUAGUAAUAUAAGAAAAGAUGUCUCCUACUGGUGCCUCCGAGAUGAACGGCACAGAGACGGGCUGCAUGGAGUUCCGGAUCUUGAUGGCCUAUGCACAGCGCAGGAGGCCUGAGCUCAAAGCACAGCACAGCCCCGAGGAGGAGAGACCCAGCCCUACAGCUCGGGAACACAAGGCCAGUGAGACGAGCAAGGCGAAGAAGAGGUAUGGCUGGAAGAAGCUGAUUCCGAAGUGUGUGCAUCCUCAGGAGGAAGAGCGCUCGGAGCAGCCACCUACAAGGGACCAAGCUGAAGAAAAGGAUGUUGAGGAAAUCGCAGGGAAACUCCAGGAGAUCGUGGAUUCAAGACAGAACCUGCCAGGGGUGUUCUGCUUGUCAGACAGCAUCGAACCCGAUGGCAUCGAAGAUGAAGAGCAGUACACUAUUCAGAGGCUGGUGGAGCUAUUAAAAGAAUCUGGAGACAAGCUGAACCAGGAGAUUAAGACCGACAAGUACCUUUCCAAAUGCUUUAAAGAGGCGUACAGUUACUCACUCUUCAAGAAGGUGACGGACAUGUUUCUAGAGAGAGUCUGCUCCUCUGCAGCGCAGGAACCGGCCAGGAUCGCUUUCACUGCCGACAUCACCGCCAAGCUCACCGCCGUCGACAACCACCCCAUGAACCAGAGCAUGGGCUUCGGAGCCAAGUACCUGAGAGAGCACUUCAGCACCUGGGCUCAGAGACACGGGGGCUGGGAAAAGGCACUGAACAACGCUGAAGAGGAGGAAGUAGAAUAGUGUUUGCUUGAACAAAAUGCUGCCAAAGUCUGUCUGGAUUUUACACAUGUCCGCUUGCUUUGAGCCGAUUCUUUAGUAGAGAACUGUUUAAAAUGUAAAAACGAGCCACUGUAAAGCUUUGAAAUUUCAACUUGCAUCUCUGUCCCUAACUGAAGGGCCAAUGUAUAAAAUGUAAUUAAAGGGCGCCCGAGUAGCGCAUCCAGUAAAGGCGCUCUGGUGGAGUGCAUGAUGCGCCCUAUAGCCUGGACGUUGCCGGUUUGAGUCCAGGCUAUUCCUUUGUCGAUUGAUUGAACGCCGCCUGGGGGGAGAGAGGGCUAGGUCGGCCAGGGUAUCGUCAGCUCACCGGGCAUCUGCGAGCCCUGCGAGCUUGCCUCUAAGAUGCCCAGGAUUGCGUUGUCCUCCAACGCUGUAGUUCUGGGUGGCUGCAUGGUGAGUCUGCAGUGUGUAAAGAAGUGGGCGCCUGACGGCACACGCUUCGGAGGACAGCAUGUGUUUGUCUUCGCCCCUCCUGAGUCAGCACAGGGGUGGUAGCGGUGGGCUGAGCCUAAAAAUAAUUGGACAUUACUAAAUUGGGGAGAAAACAAUAAAAAUAAUUGGCGACCACUAAAUUAAAAAAAAUAAAUAAAUAAAUAAAUAAAUAAAAUGUAAUUGAGACACAGGGGUGGGACAGCCAGUAGGAGUGCCUGCCAGCUGUAGCACACACUUCAGUGUUAAGGGUCUCUCUCUCUCUCUCACAUGCCUGAUUCAUUUGUUAUGGAAGAGAUACUCCUGACAUGUCUUCUAGAUUAUAUAGAAGCCGCAUCUCCCUUUUGCAAGCCUGUAUACGUUCUGUUGGACAAGAGACAAGAGAUGUAACAGAGUUUGACGAAGGGUUUAUGCCCAGUGCUCGGUUGGCAGGCGCUUCAGUGUCCCAGAGUAACAAUCUCGACCGGUCACUCUGAAGGACAGAUUGCCUCAAAUGCAGCUUCCCAGAAGGAAUUCAAGGCAUUAACAAUGAAUGAUCUUGCGUCCUUCCAGAACAAUUUAAACACCUUGCAGACAGGAUGCCUAUAGGGCCCCCACACCGUGCACCUACACGUGCUUCUGAUACUGCUAUUGUCUCUGUAGCUUCCCAGUUAUUACAUUAUAUCCGUUGCCUACAAAGUAUCAGCCAAUCACAGAUAUAGAUUGUAUCCCAUGUGUAGAACAGCACAAAUACAUGUUUGUUUUUUUUUAAUAGCAAAUCCUAUCUCUUUUUUUGUGAUUUUUAUAAUACAUUAAUAUGGUUUGGAUGAAGGUGUUCUCUUGGGGGAAUAUAAACCCUAAUGUUGCUGUUUGUAUCCGGUGGAAAUCACGUCAUAUGAUGAUUUGUUACACUGUUUUUUUUUUUGUUUAUACUUCAUUAGAGAGAAUUAAAAACAGCGCACGUCUCUAUCUAAGGACAAUCGAGAUAGAACAGGAUACCCAUCACACUAGAAAUACAUAAUGAGCAAUUGUCAGUACUUUAAUAGCUAAGAUUAUUAUUUAUUUGAAUUAAAAUAGUGAAUGAACAGUUUAUCGAUUAUUGUUCUCAUAUAUAGAUAUAUAGAGAUCUUGAUAGCAUCUAUCUGUAAUCUUGCACAUAAAUACAUAAUCUUUACCCACAUUUGCUAAAGAGUGCUCCAACCACAAGUUUUACCACAACUGAAUAUGCUGUUCUGUAGAUGUAUGUGUGAUUUAGUUGAAAUUGGAAAGACAAUGGGAGCAAUAUUGUAUUGGUUAAAGAUUUACACCUGUGUAAUUAUGUGAAAUUUCAGCAACAUCAUUAAAAAUGUAAAGCAUA